AUGGCUACAAGUUUGAUGAUCAGAAACUCAAUUUUCUUCAUCAUUUUUGCAUGCUUGUGGAGUCUUCAUGAUGCAAGGGACACACUGAAGCCUGGGGACACUCUCAACUCCUCGAGCUCCUUAGUGUCUGCGUCCGGGAAGUUUGUUUUGAGAUUCGUGGUGCAAACCAUUGAUGCUUCGAACACCAGCUAUAUAGCGAUCCUGCGCGACAAGCAAGGCGCAAACAAAGCAUGGAUUGGGAACAGAAACUCUCCUAUUCCGUACCCUUCUUCUCCACUUCUCACCUUUGACUUGAACAACACGUUGAGAAUUACAUACCAAGGUGGAAACCCUAUUGUGAUUUACUCUCCUCCGAAAAAUAUUAGUAGUACUAAUGCUUUUGAGGCUAUCCUUCUGGAUUCCGGCAAUUUUGUGAUACGAGAAGCGAGCUCAGUCAACGGAUCAACCAAUGGGGUUUUGUGGCAGAGUUUUGAUUAUCCCACAGACACAUUCUUACCAGGCAUGAAAUUGGGGGUUGACCGCAGAAGUGGCAAGAAUUGGUCACUUUUGUCUUGGGCAACAAGCUACAAUCCUGCACCAGGGCUUUUGAGCCUCGAUUGGGACCCAAAUGGGAAACAGUUGAGAAUCAAGCAGGGUGGGGUGGUUAAUUGGACUAGCGGGGUCUUUGAUGAUGGAAAAUUUCCAUUUAUUUUUCCUGAUGUGUCCAAGCAGAGGUACAAUUUUGGCAUCAUUUCGAACGAAGACGAAGACUACCUCACUUACAGUGCUGUAGGUGACCCAAGUGAUCCAGAGCCGGAAUGGGUGCUAUACAGCAGGGGGACACUUUUUGAAUAUGGUGCACAAGUUGCGAUCACAAAGGCACAGGACUGUGACGGAUAUAACACAGUUGGAGGGUGCGUGAGAAGGGGCCGGCCAAGCAAUUGUACGGGGAAGUUUGGUGAUGAAUUUGUGCAAAAGAAUGGAUACUUCAAGAUCAAAGACUCUAGUAAUACUUCAAGAGCCAUCAGCUGGUACGUUGUCAGUAGUGUUGAUUGUAAGGUUCUUUGUUGGAAAAAUUGCAGCUGCCUUGGUUUCGACACUCCAGCAGAUAAUCAGUCUAGUGGUCCUGGAUGCCGAUUUUGGAGUGUAGAUUGUGAGUUCGUUGAAAAUCGCACUGGAUCAGGUAAUACAAGUAGUGUUUUUGUUUUGUCAAGCCUAACGAUGCCUCCAAAUUCACCACCUGCUAAGAAAAAUGGUACGUCCAAUUUGAUACCUAAACUUCACACAAGACAGUUAGCUAACUAA